AUGAGUGCAACAAAUACAAGUAAUACCAUUAUUGAUCCUACUUUAUUAUUGACUCCAUAUCAACUUAAUAUUUAUCUUGGUUUAUUCAUAUUUGUCACGGUUACACGUAUAAUUCAAAAAGGUUUUCGACUUCCGAUUAUCAAUCGUUAUGAUGUCGUUUGCAAAAUACGACAAUUUCUUUCUCAAUAUACACAUCAAGUGGCAUUUACACUGUUUACUUUGGCCACUAUUGAUCGAUUUUUAUCAACGCAUCGUUCUAAUGUGUUCUGGUUUUUACUUGUUGGUCACCGUUUAUUCCUCUACAGCAAUAUAAGUGGUGUUUGUGCUGCUCAUCCAGGUUUCUACGAAAAACUCGAUAUUUACUUUGAAGCCAUCAUGUCUGGCGUUUGUCCACCGGUUGUUUUGUUGAUACUUGGCUGUGCACUACUAAGAAAUGUUAGACAAGUCGUUCAUCGACGCAUCCAGCCGACAGGUAUUGUCUCACAAGCACUCGCUGUUAGUCCAUAUUAUAUUCAACAAAUCGAUGCACAAUUAACAAAUAUGCUUUUAUUACAAUCUUUUGUUGCGAUACCUUCGUUUUUUCCCUAUGGAGCUCAGAAUCUUUACUCGAAUAUUACUGAAGAUUGGUACAAAUCACCAUUACGAUUAGCUUGGGAAACUGUUUUUAUUGAAUUGAUACGUCUUUUCUCUUAUUUAUUCUAUAGCACUAGUUUUUAUGUCUCAUUCUACUCAAGUCGUAGCUUUCGUAAAGCAGUUUUACAAGUACUUCGAAUAGAACGAUUUCAAAUGUCUACUGAUUCAGCAAAUACACGUGCUCAAAUGAUUUCAACCAAUGUUGGACGCAAAAAUGAACAUAAACCAGCAUAG